GAGAAACCGUUCACUUGUGAUCAGUGCGGGAAGAGUUUCUCACGAUCAUCAAGCCUUAAGCAUCACAUGAACAUCCACACUGGAGAGAAACUGCACACAUGUGAUCAGUGCGGGAAGAGUUUCUCACGAUCAUCAAGCCUUAAGCAUCACAUGAACAUCCACACUGGAGAGAAACCAUUCACUUGUGAUCAGUGCGGGAAGAGUUUCUCACACUCAUCAAGCCUUAAGCAUCACAUGAACAUCCACACUGGAGAGAAACUGCACACAUGUGAUCAGUGCGGGAAGAGUUUCUCACGAUCAUCAAGCCUUAAGCAUCACAUGAACAUCCACACUGGAGAGAAACCAUUCACUUGUGAUCAGUGCGGGAAGAGUUUCUCACACUCAUCAAGCCUUAAGGUACACAUGAACAUUCACACCGGAGAGAAGCAGCACGCAUGUGAUCAAUGCGGCAAAACAUUUUUGAGUGCUUCAGGCCUGAAGAAACACCUUAAAGUUCAUAUAAAGGAGAAGCCACAUUCAUGCCAUUUCUGUGGAAAGAGUUUUUCACGUCUACAAAAUUUGAAAGUACAUCAGAAAAUGCAUACUGGUGUGAGAGAGUACAUGUGCUUUGAGUGUGAGAAGACUUUUACUUCAGCGAGCAGUUUAAAACUGCAUGAGAGGAUUCACACUGGAGAGAAACCUUACAAGUGUUCACACUGUGACAAGAGAUUCAUUGAUUCAGGAAAUCUGAAAACACAUGAGAGGAUCCACAAUGGAGAGAAUCUGUACAAAUGUUCACACUGCGACAAGAGAUUCAGUCAUAAAGGAAAUCUGAAAACACACGAGAGGAUUCACACUGGAGAGAAACCUUAUAAGUGUUCACACUGUGACAAGAGAUUCAAUCAUUCAGGACAUCUGAAAACACACAAGAGGAUUCACACUACAGAGAAACCUUAUAAGUGUUCACACUGUGACAAGAGAUUCAGAGAUUCAGCAAAUCUGAAAACACACGAGAGGAUUCACACUGGAGAGAAACCGUAUCACUGCACUGCAUGUGGGAAGCGUUUCAAUCAUCCACGUUCUCUACGCAGACAUACAAAAAACUAUCACAGUAAGUAGAUCAUCUUCAGAUCCAGCACUUUCAGGUCUGAUGCUGCGUCCUCACCAAAUGUGACACAAUAAUGCAUCGAGCAGUGAAAUAUCAUCUGGAUAAAUCUGUCAUUACAAGUGAC